AUGCGGACCACCUCCCACUCCGGUCUCCAACGCCGCCAGGCUUCCUCCCCCCUCCGGUCUCCAACGCCGCCAGGCUUCCUCCCCCCUCCGGUCUCCAACGCCGCCAGGCUUCCUCCCCCCUCCGGUCUCCAACGCCGCCAGGUUUCCUCCCCCCUCCAAGCCCUUUUCCUUCCACCCCACCAUCCGCCGCUUCUCCCCCGAACGCUGAUACUCGAUUCGUCUUCUUCUUUGCCACGCUCGUUGUCCGUCCUCUUCUUCUUCCCGAAUCCCCUACACCACCCGCCAUCCGCCACUGCCACUCCUAGACCAUAUUUCGUUAUGGGAAGAGGGCAAGUUCUGAGAAAAAGUAUUAGUGCGGGAACGGCGCGAAAAGUAAGGAACAACUACAGCACAGCUUUUUUAGCAGCUAUUGCAGCUUUGGUACUGGAAGACGACACGCUGAACGCUGUGGCAGCUAGGUUGCAGUUGGAUCGAGUUGCGAGUUCGCCACUACGCGGUCAUCGCCGGGUUAACAUUGUGCGAAACAGAACCAACAUUUCUUUCGAAGAAAGUAAUGCCAUCUACAUUGAUAAAGAAUUCGAUGGCCAGUGCAGUUGCAGUGGUGAAAGUUUGCACAUCUUGCCAUGA